GAUUUUUUGGGAUUUUUUUUGGGAAUUAUUUUUUGGGGAAUUUCGGGAAGAUCGGGCCGAGAUGACUCCACCCUCUCUGCUCUUCCUCCUCCUCCUCCUCUUCCUCCUCCCGGGCCGCGCUCGCGGCGCCGCUCGCGCCAACGUCACCGAAGGCUGCCAGAUCAUCCACCCGCCGCGGGACGGGGGGAUCCGGUACCGGGGGCUGACGCCGGACGAGGUCCGGAGCGUGCGGUUCCUGCCCUUCGACUACGAGAUCGAGUACGUGUGCCGGCCCGAGCGCGAGAUCGUGGGGCCCAAGGUGCGCAAGUGCCAGCGCGACGGCACCUGGACGGCCAUGGGCCACCCCAGCCGCUGCCUCCGGACGUGUCCCAAGAGCCACCUGAGCCUCGAGCACGGCCUGGUGGCCACCGGGGCCAUGGAGCGAGUCCCGGUCGAGGGAUCCUGGGCUGAGUUCCGGUGCCAUCCCGGCUUCCGGCUGCUCGGCAGCGCCCGCAGCAACUGCACCAAGAGCGGCCGCUGGAGCGACCCCAAACCCCAGUGCCUGCCUCAUCGCCCUUCCUCAGGGAAGAAGGCCGUGCACGUGGGCGCGCUCUUCCCCAUGUCCGGCGGUUGGCCGGGCGGUCAAGCGUGUUUGCCGGCCGUCAGGAUGGCCCUGGAGGACAUCAACGAACGAAGGGACAUCCUGCCGGAUUAUGAGCUGCGGCUCAUCCAUCAUGACAGCAAGUGUGACCCAGGCCAGGCCACCAAGUUCCUGUACGAGCUGCUCUACAAUGACCCCAUCAAGAUCAUCCUCAUGCCCGGCUGCAGCAGCGUCUCCACCCUGGUGGCCGAGGCGGCACGGAUGUGGAACCUCAUCGUGCUUUCCUACGGCUCCAGCUCUCCGGCGCUCUCGAACCGCCAACGCUUCCCGACGUUUUUCCGGACACAUCCGUCGGCGACGCUGCACAACCCGACGCGGGUCCAGCUCUUCAAGAAGUGGGGUUGGACCAAAAUCGCCACCAUCCAACAAACCACAGAGGUUUUCACCUCGACCUUGGAUGACCUCGACCAGCGGGUGAAGGAGGCCGGCCUGGAAAUCACUUUCCGCCAAAGUUUCUUCUCCGACCCCGCCGCGCCCGUCCGGAACCUCAAGCGGCAGGACGCGCGGAUCAUCGUGGGGCUCUUCUACGAGACGGAGGCGCGGAAAGUUUUCUGUGAGGUCUACAAGGAGAAGCUCUACGGCAAGAAGUACGUCUGGUUCCUGAUUGGCUGGUACGCCGACAACUGGUUCCGCAUCAAGGACCCGGCCAUCAACUGCACCGAGGCCGAGAUGGCCGAGGCCGUCGAGGGCCACGUGACCACCGAGAUCGUCAUGCUCAACCCCGAGAACACGCGCAGCAUCUCCAACAUGACCUCCCAAGAGUUCAUCGAGAAGCUCCAGAAGAGGCUGGGCAAGAACCCGGAGGAGACCGGCGGCUUCCAGGAGGCGCCGCUGGCCUACGACGCCAUCUGGGCCCUGGCCCUGGCGCUCAACAAGACGUCCCAAGAGUUGGUCAAGAAGGGUUUGAGGUUGGAAGACUUCAACUACAACAACAAGAACAUCACCGACGAGAUUUACCGCGCCCUCAACUCCUCGGCCUUCGAGGGCGUCUCGGGCCACGUCGUAUUCGACGCCAGCGGCUCCCGCAUGGCCUGGACCCUGAUCGAGCAGCUCCAAGGCGGGGUGUACAAGAAGAUCGGGUACUACGACAGCACCAAGGACAACCUGUCCUGGUACAACAACGACAAAUGGAUCGGGGGGUCCCCUCCGGCCGAUUACACCAAGGUGAUCACGACCUUCCGGUUCCUGUCGCAAAAAUUGUUCAUUUCCGUGUCGGUGUUGGCGUCGUUGGGGAUCGUCCUGGCCGUCGUUUGUUUGGCUUUCAACAUCUACAACGGGCACGUCAGGUACAUCCAGAACUCCCAGCCCUACCUGAACAACAUGACGGCCGUCGGUUGUACCCUGGCGCUCGCCGCCGUCUUCCCGCUGGGGCUCGACGGUUACCACAUCGGGCCGGGGCUGUUCCCCUUCGUCUGCCAGGCGCGGCUGUGGCUGCUGGGGCUGGGGUUCAGCCUGGCCUACGGCAGCAUGUUCACCAAGAUCUGGUGGGUGCACACCGUGUUCACCAAGAAGGACGACAAGAAGGACAAGAGGAAGAGCCUGGAACCCUGGAAGCUCUACGCCACCGUGGGGGGCUUGGUCGGCUUCGACGUGGUGACGCUCAGUGUGUGGCAGAUCGUCGAUCCCCUGCACCGCACCAUCGAGGAGUUCACCAAGGAGGAGCCCAAGUCGGACAUGGACGUUUCCAUCCUGCCCCAGCUCGAGCACUGCAGCUCCACCAAGAUGAACACCUGGCUGGGGAUUUUUUAUGGAUUCAAGGGGUUGUUGCUGCUGCUGGGCAUUUUUUUGGCCUACGAGACCAAAAGCGUCUCCACGGAGAAAAUCAAUGAUCACCGGGCCGUGGGCAUGGCCAUCUACAACGUGGCUGUGUUGUGCCUGAUCACAGCCCCGGUGACGCUGAUCCUGAGCUCGCAGCAGGACGCCGCCUUCGCCUUCGCCGCCCUCGCCGUCGUCUUCUCCUCCUACAUCACCCUGGUGGUUCUCUUCGUGCCCAAGAUGCGGCGCCUGAUCACGCGCGGCGAGUGGCAGUCGGAGCAGCAGGACACGAUGAAAACGGGAUCCUCCACCAACAACAACGAGGAGGAGAAAUCGCGGCUGCUGGAGAAGGAAAAUCGGGAGCUGGAGAAAAUCAUCGCCGAGAAGGAAGAGCGCGUCUCCGAGCUCCGCCAGCAGCUCCAGGCGCGGCAGCAGCUCCAGCUCCGCUCACGGCGCCGCCAAUCCCACGAUUCCGAGAACCACCUGAGCUCCCAGCAGCAUUCCCAGAUUUCCCAGCAGCAUUCCCAGAUUUCCCAGCAGCAUUCCCAGAUUUCCCAACCCUUCCCCCAGCCCAGCCUCGUGCGCUGCCUGGUGUCCGAGCAGGCCGAGAAGUUGGGACGCGGCAAUUGCGACGGGAGCCGCGUCCACCUGCUCUACAAGUGACUUUUGCCUGGAAAAAAACAAAAAAAAUUGUGGAAAAAAAUCCUAAAAAUCCUGUCAGAAAUGUCACCAAAAUCCUGGAGUUCCUGUAGUAAAAAUUCCCAGAGUUCUUGUGGAAAAAU